AUGGAGAUCAAAACAACCCCUUUUAAUCUCCUAUCAGCUCUCUUAUUUACAUUGUUUCUGGUCCAGACAUUUGGGAAAACACAUAUAGAAGCAGACUUCCAUCAUCUCAAGGCGAGAUUGAACCCACAAUCCAACGUUGAAAUAAGCAGUCACUUCCCAGCAUGUGAUUCCCCUCCUAAGCCUUCAAAUCAAGAAGGGCUGAAGGAGAAAGAUAGGAUUGAUCGUCUGCCUGGACAACCACCUGUUGGAUUCAAACAGUAUGGUGGAUAUAUCACCGUAAAUGAGACUGCUGGCCGUGCCUUUUUCUAUUAUUUUGUUGAAGCACAGGGUCGCAGGAAGCCUGAGGAUGUGCCUCUUGUCCUUUGGCUCAAUGGAGGUCCGGGUUGUUCUUCUCUUGCUUACGGAGCCUUUCAAGAACUUGGACCAUUCAGAGUUGGCAGUGAUGGAAAGACACUGUUCAAGAACAGAUUUGCUUGGAAUUAUGUUGCCAAUGUUUUGUUCGUGGAAUCCCCCGCAGGAGUAGGAUUUUCAUACUCCAACACAACAGAGGAUUUUGUUAAGGGAGGUGAUAAAAAAACUGCAGCAGACAAUUAUAUUUUCUUGCUAAAUUGGCUUGAGAGGUUCCCCGAAUACAAAAAUAGAGACUUUUACAUUACUGGAGAGAGUUAUGCUGGCCAUUAUGUACCUCAAUUAGCAUAUAACAUUGUUUACCACAACAAGAAGGCCAACAGGACCAUCAUUAACCUCAAAGGAAUCUUGAUUGGAAAUGCAGUCAUCAAUGACCCAACAGAUUCCAUUGGGAUGUAUGACUUUUUUGCAACACAUGCUCUUAUUUCCCCUGAAACUUUACAAAAAAUCAACAAACUGUGCGAUUUGUCACAUCCCGAUGCCAGUAUUACUGUUGAAUGUAACCAAACCCUUGCCGUGGCAGACAAUGCAGUUGACCAAAUUGACAUAUACAACAUCUAUUACCCUAGGUGUUUCCACAGCGGUCUGACCAGUUUCCCGAAAAGAUUUAAUAUAUUGAAGUUCGAUAAAUGCAGUGAUUAUUAUGGCUAUGCGUACUGUAACCACCCCAAUGUUCAAGAGGCGUUGCAUGCUAAUGUCACGAAAAUACCAUAUGAUUGGCAGCCAUGCAGUGAUGUUCUUAAUGAUUGGGUAGACUGGCAAUCAACCGUGCUUCCUUACCUUAAAGAGUUCAUGGCAAAUGGAAUACAAGUGUGGAUAUUUAGUGGCGAUGUGGAUGGAAGGGUCCCCGUGACUGCAUCACAAUAUGCGAUAGAAGCGUUAAAAGUUUCAGUUGUAACUCCUUGGCAGCCAUGGUUUCGGGAUUGGCAGGUCGGUGGAUAUGUUCAAAUUUAUCAAGACAACUUGACAUUUGUGACGGUGAGAGGUGCUGGUCAUCAAGUACCAAGUUAUAGACCUGAUAGAGCCCUUUCACUUAUUUCUCAUUUUAUUUCAGGGAUACCAUUUGCCAACCAUUAA